CUUGGUGUCGCAAAUUGUCUCUAGAUAAUAGGCCAAAGGAGUCUAAAGUUCACCAUUUUUUCACCUUAUCUCUGAACAUCUACUAUUGAUGGACUCAUAUGAAACUCAGGAAUUGUAUGAACAGAAGUCCAGUAUGGUUCAGAGAUGUUUUCAGCUAGCUAACGGUGCAAGGCUAAUCCAUACUUGCGAUGAGGUUCACUUGCCAACUUUGCAUAGAAAGCAUUGGUUCGAUUUUGUUGUCUUGUUUGAACAUGAAAUGUUUGUAAUUCUAGACUCAGCAUUUGAUGGAGAGAGUGAUUUUCACCAGCAUGUGUUGAAUAUUCUGAUACCAAAUUUCAAAAGGGUUUGGGACAUGUAUGGGAGCUCAAGAAAUCUUAACUGGAGAAAUUGGACCAUGCACUUUAUUGAUGUACCUAAACAAAGCAAUGAGCUUGAUUGUGGCAUAUAUACAGCACUCUUUCUGAAGCAUUGGAAGCCCAGGAUAUUGAUGCAUGAUAUAGUGAAGGAUGAAGAUAUCGCAAACAUCCGAAUAAGAAUGGCAAAUGAAAUGAUGUUCACUGACCAUAAUAUCAAAAAUGACCAUAAAAAGUUGGUUCUUGAGUUCUAGUCAU